UACAUGACUAUAAUAAAGAAAAAUUUGAUAAUUGUAAGCUAGCUAAAUUAAUUGCAUCGAUAUCUUAAGUUAAAACACUGAAAUUUCGUUAUAUUCAAUACUGCCUAAGAUUGUUGUAACCGAAAUAGUUGGCAACACUACUCUGCCGUGACGUUAUGGUGGUUUCAUACAUAAACAAACAUAGUUGCCGGCAAAUAACACCAGACGUUGUGUUCUAUUCACGCAAAGUAAAUGUAACAAAAGGAAAAUAAAAUGGCAAAUAAAAUUAUAGUUAUACAUCCAGGUUCACGAAAUUUACGCAUAGGUCGGGCGUCUGAUUUAAAUCCUAUUACAAUUUUGCAUGCUGUUGGAAGAAAACACCGCCUUGAAUCAGGGUUAACUUCAUAUCAGGAUGGCAUGUUACCACCACUAUUAGAACCUAACAAAGAAUUUGAAGAAAAUCGUUUACAGGUCGCGCACAGUAUACAAUUGCAAGCAUAUCCAAAACAUGCAAGUAAACGGUCGCGCAUAUCUACUCCACCACAACAGAUUUCAACCUUUAACAGGCGAAGUGUUCCAGAGGAAUUACCACUUGAUAAAGAUCAUACAGUAAAACUCGAGAGUACAGAAACGAUUUUCGAUCAGACUAUAUUAAGUUUAACUUCAUCAGAAGCCAAAGAGUACAAUGUACACUUUCCCUUAAGGCGCGGAGAACUUAAUUUGCACAAUGGCAUUGGUGGUUCAAUGUCUUCUGUGCUAGAAAAUCUGGAAGCAAUAUGGCUGCACGUGAUCAACGAUAAAAUGGGUAUUACACCGAAAUUGCUAUCGCAAUAUAAUGCAGUCUUAGUCAUCCCGGAUGUAUACAACCGAAGCCAUUUGCGUGAAAUGGUCACAUUGCUGUUACAACGUCUACGCUUUGCUUCAUGCUUUUUACUGCAAGAUCACGUCUCUGCAACGUUUGGUGCAGGAUUGGGAUACGCAUGUGUGGUAGAUUUAGGUGAUCAGAAAUGCUCCAUAUCUUGUGUUGAAGAUGCUAUUUCUCAACCAGACACCAGAGUGCGUUUGGCAUAUGGAGGAGCAGAUGUGACACAAGUAUUUUACACUUUACUGCGUAAGUGCAGCUUCCCAUAUAAGGAAUGCAAAGUUGAAAAUAGUUACCAAGAUGCAACACUGCUCACACAUUUAAAGGAACGUUUUUGUCAUUUGAAUUUCGAAAUAUGCGGUGCUCAGGAAAAAACUUUUAAUGUACAAACUGCUAAACAUAUACUGUGUUAUACCAUACAAUUGGGAGAUGAGUGCCUGGUAGCACCUAUGUCGUUAUUUCACACAGAAUUGCUGAACAUAACUGGAAAACUGAAAGACGUACGUACACAAUUGCGCAGCAGCCAACAGCCCGAUGCGGAGGAUUGUUUUGAUGCUGAAUACAUACGCGAAACAGGUCGACGUAAUGGACGUGAAGGUGCAAUGAUGGAGGGAACAAUGCCUACAACUGGAGAUGUAGGUGAAGAUGAUUUGGUUGUGGUAGAAACUUUUGAUGUUGACACAACCAUAAAAAAUGGUGAAAAAGAAGAGCAAAAUUUUAUGAUAAAUGGACAAAUCGUAUCAUUAGAUCAAGCAAUUGUACGCAGCAUUGAGCGUUGUGGCAAUGAUGAAAUGAAACGUAAAAUGUACGGUUGCAUACUUAUUGUAGGUGGUGGAAUUAAAUUUGGUGGUUUCGCUAAGUGUUUAGAACAGAAAGUCACUCUCAGUAUGGCAUCAUAUGCACAGCAACGUACUCCUGGUGUACCUCAAUUUGAGGUUAAUAUCGUUGCCAAAGAAAUGGAUGCGGGUAUGAUAGCAUGGAAAGGCGCGGCAAUUAUGUCUUGCUUAGAGAGUGCACCAGAACUGUGGAUAAUGCCUAAUGAAUGGGAAAAGUACGGGUUGCGUGUGCUGCGUGAGAAAGCGCCUUUUAUGUGGUAGUAUUAGAUGAGUCAUUUUAAGU